AGCCGUGAGCUAUUGAGCCAUCAACCCCGGAUUUUGGUCUUGUGUUCAGCCAUGGGGUAUCCUACCGGCAAGGGAAAAGCUGGCAUGGGAGCGUAUCCGCAGAUCGGUGUGAAUACCGAACCGCUUCCACAGCGGCAUGUGCCUCCUCAGGCUGAGCAACCAGCAAAGACUGAUGAUGAUGACUGGAAAGCGCACAUCCGCCGCCCACCUCCAGACGAGCGAUUCAGAACGGAGGAUGUCACGAACACAAAGGGCAAUGACUUUGAAGACUACUUCCUGAAACGUGAGCUGCUGAUGGGGAUCUUUGAGAUGGGCUAUGAGAAGCCAUCCCCUAUUCAGGAAGAGAGCUUGCCGGUGGCUCUGGCCGGCAAGUCAAUCUUGGCCAGAGCAAAGAACGGUACAGGAAAGACGGGAGCAUUUGUGAUCCCGAUCCUUGAGAAGUGCAACACAACCAAGAAUGCAAUCCAGGGUCUCAUCCUCGUCCCUACGAGAGAGUUGGCCUUGCAGACGUCGUCAGUGGUGAAGGAAAUUGGAAAACACAUGAAUGUCCAAUGCAUGGUCUCAACAGGCGGCACAAGCCUUCGAGAGGACAUUAUGCGUUUGUACAAUGAGGUCCAUGUAGUGGUGGCUACCCCAGGUCGUGUUCUCGACCUUGCCAACAAGAAUGUGUGCAACUUGAAGCAGUGCCACAUGAUUGCCAUGGAUGAGGCUGACAAGCUUCUCUGCCCCGAGUUCCAGCCUAUCAUUGAGGACCUCAUCAAGUUCCUGCCUCAAGAGAGGCAAAUCCUGAUGUACUCGGCCACGUUCCCGAUGACCAUCUUGGACUUCAAGAAUCGAUUUAUGGCCGAGGCGCAUGAGAUCAAUUUGAUGGACGAGCUUACCCUCAAGGGCGUGUCCCAGUACUAUGCUUUUGUGGAGGAGCGCCAGAAGGUUCACUGCCUCAACACCUUAUUUGCCAAGUUGCAGAUUAAUCAGGCAAUCAUUUUCUGCAACUCCGUGACGCGCGUGGAGUUGCUUGCCAAGAAAAUUACAGAGCUUGGCUUCUCAUGCUUCUUCAUCCAUUCGCGCAUGUACCAGUCUCACCGGAAUCGUGUUUUCCAUGACUUCCGGAACGGAGCUUGCAGAUGUUUGGUCUCUUCGGACCUUUUUACCAGAGGCAUUGACAUUCAGAGUGUGAACGUGGUGAUCAAUUUCGAUUUCCCCAAGAACUCCGAGACCUACCUGCACCGCAUUGGCCGCUCUGGCCGCUUUGGUCACCUGGGCUUGGGUAUCAAUUUUGUCACAUACGAUGACCGCUUCAACCUGUACCGCAUCGAGAAGGAGCUGGGCACAGAGAUCCAGCCUAUUCCCCCAACCAUUGAUCCGGCCACCUACACCUGAGAAUGCUGAGAACCAGUGCCAGUUUCUGCCUUUGAAUUUGUUUUGAAGAACGCUC